AUGGCGCCAAUCGAGCCCCUCUCUCCCCUCAACCCCAUCUCUCCUUGGCCAUCCAUCCCUCCCGCCCCGGACGACUCUCAAACACCCCUCGUGGAAGAAUCUCUGCCAAACCCUACCGAGGUGUACGCCAGUAUCGCCAUCUUGGCAAGCUACCUGGGGUUUGCAGUGUACCUGUUCUGGGCCUUUGUACCCCCCACAUGGGGCUGGACUGACUGGCUCCCUGAUCGGCAAUGGGCCCUUAUAGUACCCUGCUGGAUGCUCGUGGCGUUCAUUCUCAUGUACUGGUCCUACGGUGCUGUAAUUGUCUACAACAAUCCAUCUUGGGAGAGCCCAAAGGGCUUGACAGAUCCAUAUGAUAAUGCUGGACCAGCACAGGCCAAAAAAAAUGACUAG